UAUUAUACAAAAUUCGUCGUCAGUAAAGUUUCUUCUUGUUCACCAUGGUGACGAAUACAGCGAUGAAGUUACAUUGAUCUUUUCUAGGAGUUGCUUUUGCAUCGCGGUAGGGCGUCGAAAAACACGGGUAUAUGCAAUGACAGAGCACAGAGGCACAUCCUUUUAUAAUUCCUGUGUAAAAGUACCAGUGGAUCCUUACACUAGACAACCAACACCUUCUUACGAACGUCCUAGGCUCACGAAAAAUAACAAUAACGAGAACGCUGAUAAAAUGUGUAAAAUAAAUAUCACAACAGGUGAAUUUCUCAGCGACUCAGAGGUAUCGAGUCCUAGAGAGAUUGUGGACAACUUUCUAGAAUUUCUGGAAAGUAUACCAGAUUAUGGCCAAGUCCAUCAUUUAACAAAUGAACAAUUUAAACAAAAAGUAGAUUACUUGAAGAGAAAACAAAAAUUAUUGUUAAAAAAUUUACAAAAUUCACAAAAUUCACUUACUGACCAUGGUAAUGCAAAUGUAUCCAGAUUCUCAGUACAAAAGUCUAGUCAAAGGUCAGGUGCCAAAAGUAAAAAUGGUAUUAAUAACUUGAAAUUAAAUGGCAAAAAGUGUUACUUCGAAGAGUCUAGAACAAGUAGUCCUAUGCUAUUCCCUUCUGCCAAUUUUGCUGGACUCGCAGACGAUCAAGACCUUCUGACAAACAGAUGCAAGAAGAAAGACAAGGAAGCUAAGACAAUAUGCAACGAAAAGAUACACUCUGCUAAUAACAGUUGGAGAACAUGGUUUCAAUCAAAAAAUGAUGACAGUAUAGAAAGCGAUAUAGACAGUGUGGAGACAAGAAGUUUGCCAGCUAGUACUUCAAAGGAAUGGCAUCCUACUGUUCCUAAGCCAUUCAGCUUUACUCUACGGGAGGAGGCAGAAAAAUACAUGGCACAUGCUGAAACUGAAGAAAUGGAAUGCAAAAAUGUUCGUAGUAACAAAAGGAGUCCCUAUAGAAAACGUCACAUAAGACCAAUUCCACUUACGUCCAAAGUUCCACUUUAUAACAAAUUACUCGCUGAGAAGGAAGAGCGAAGUCGCAUGAUCCGCGAAGAAAGUGCCUUAAAUUUAAUGUCUCAGGUACGUCCUUUUAGACUCGAGUGCGACCGUCGAGCCUGGAGAUCCUUAGCAAGGUCUAGCCCAGAAAUUCGUAGCAAAGGUAUUAGCGCGUGUAUGAAAUUCAAGGCUAAACCCGUGCCAAAGAAUCUUUUUGGUACCGAGAUAUAUGAUCGUAUGCUUGAAGACGAAUACUACAGGCAACUACAGAAAAGAGUAAGAGCAGCGGAAUUAAUGAAAUCUUCUUCUUUACCUCCGUCAAUGGCGAGACGAGAACGGGUUAAAUCUGCGAGCACGCGUUUGCAGGACACGAGCAAAAAUUGUAACGAGAAUCCUGAGAGCAAGAACUCCUCGCGACUGUCAAACAGUGCAUCAAUGCCGUUAGAAAGGUCCAGAUCAGCGAUGUCACUUUUACCAUUGCGGGGAAAUAAUUUAGCAGCGAUUUUAAGAUGCCAAAUGUCUCGCGAGAAAUUGGAACGCGAGAUUAGAGAGAAGAUGGAAGAGAAACGGCGAGAACAAGCGAUAAGAACGAGAGAAUCUAUGAUCGGACGGAAUCCGGUAUGGAGAGCUUUGAGGUCUGCGGCAAGGCACGAACAUGAGAGAGACCUUGACAUUCGAACUUCUCUUCGUCGCGACGAAGCGAUCGAGCAGGCGGAACGUCAUCGAUUGCAGAUGGAAAUGAUGUUGGAUCGCGUGACUCAAAUACCAACGCUUUUCGAACGUCAUUCUCAGACUUAUCAGUCCUUCAUAAAGGCGCAACAGAAAGAUGGCCGGAAGUGUUCUCAACGGAAGAAAAAGAAAAAAGGACAUAGGCAAAAAUCCCGUAGCAUAGAUUCAUACAUCGAUUACGAAAAUAUUUCUAGGCCCGAUUCCGGAUCACCGAGUAGCUCUUCUGGAACAUUAACGUCCGUGAGCCAAUCGUCGAAGUCAUCGAACGCAUCGAGAUCGCAAGCUUCCGACAAAUCUACGGCUAAAUCCCAAAGUUCCCUUUCCAAAAAGAGAGGAGAUCGCGGCCAAUUAAAAGUUUCUAUAAACGAGACAGCAGAAUUAAUCGAAGACCAACAUGAAAACGAUAAAUUACAUAAUAACGAAGAUUUUUUAAGCGACGAUCGAGAUGAAAAUACGUUGCACAGUGACGAGCACGAUACGGAGGGAUAGUUAUA